AAAUCGCUUUACUCUGCCACAGUCCUCUAGUGUCAUACAGGAAACUCUGCACGCUAAGAAAGUGAAAUUGCUCAACAGAACAGUCUCAACAGAUAAGUGUAGGUGACCGGAAUGCUGCUUCAAACCAGACAUGUGCUGCUCAGGACUUAUUCGAUAUUAAAUGCAUUCCAGCACAUGAAUAAUUUAUCAUUUGGAUAGUUAAGAUAUGUAGUAGAAUAUAGUGUUGCUAGAUGAGAAUGAAGCAUCUUAAGAAGGAGCUUGAUGACUUCUACUGCAUUGUAUAUAUGGAUGAUUAUAAAUGAGCAACAACCAGGCGUGGACAUGGCAAAACAUACGUAACAACAUACUCAAAGAAUCAAUACAACCCGCCUUUCUGUAAGGCUCUCAGCAAACUCAAAACAUCUUGUCCUAUCUUCCUCUCUUACACUGAGAGAGAGAGCAAGUUAUUGUGCUCAAGGAAUCAAGCUCAUCGAUACUGGAUACUACAAAAACAGAAAUUAAUUGCUUUAAUUUCUGCUGUAUGACUAAGAAGACAUCACUAUGAGUAAAUCAAGAGACAGCAGCCCCACAUUCUUCCUGGAGAAAGAUGACCUGACACAGGAGCAAAGGGAAAAGGCCAAACAGAUGAAGAAAGGUGCCUCAAAGGACAAGAGGCCCAUGGAUUCUAAUUACCUGGAUGAGACCGAUGAGCCUGCACACACAAUUAAAUUGAACCUACACUUUGACAGGGGAAUCAGAAAAGUAAAAGAGGAACCAGCUCAGCAGGACAGUGAGAGGUUUACCCUCAAGAGGCUGUUUGAUGCCGUGUCCAGUGGCGAUGUGUCUAAACUGCAGGGUUUACAUCAGUACCUGCACAAAAACAUGAAACGGCUCACCGACUCUCAAUAUAAGUCCAAUGGAAAGACAGCCCUGCUGAAAGCACUUUUAAAUUUGAGGGAAGGCGAGAAUGACACUAUUGAACAUCUGCUGGAAAUUGCAGAGAAACUGGGAGAUUUAAAACAUUUUGUCAAUGCUGCUUACACAGACAGUUUCUACAAAGGUCAGACAGCACUACAUGUUGCAACUGAACGGAGAAGUGCAAAAUUUGUACAGAUGCUGGUUAAAAAAGGGGCUGAUGUCCAUGCAAAAGCCUGUGGGAAAUUCUUUCAGCCCAAUCAAGAAACAUGCUUCUAUUUUGGUGAGCUGCCCUUGUCACUGGCCGCUUGCACUAAUCAGCCAGACAUUGUGGACUUCCUUAUGAACAACCCUUACCAGGCGGUGGAUGUCAGGGAGAAGGACUCUCAUGGAAACACAGUGCUUCACGCAUUAGUGUCCAUAGCUGAUAACAGUCCUGAAAACACAGAGUUUGUCAUCGCCAUGUAUGACCACAUCUUAUUCAAAACUGACCACCUUCACCCCAAGAUCAAGCUGGAGGAUAUUGAAAAUAAUGAAGGACUCACCCCACUCACACUAGCCGCCAAAACAGGAAAACUGGGGCUGUUAAAGCACAUCGUGCAGCGGGAGUUUAAGGGGCGCCGACAUCUGUCACGGAAGAUCACGGAGUGGGCCUACGGUCCAGUGUGCUCGUCUCUGUAUGACCUCGCCUCUCUCGACACCUACGACAAGAACUCUGCGCUGGAGAUAAUCGUUUAUGGCAGUGAGAUUCCUAAUCGCCUCGAGAUGCUCCAUAUUGAACCAUUUAACCAACUAAUUGAAGAGAAGUGGGAGAGAUUUGCGAAACGGAUGUUCUUGUUCAACUUUAUCGUUUAUGUUAUCUACCUUUUCAUCUUCACUGCAGUAGCUUAUCACCGCGAAGCAGGGAAGGACUUUAACAACAGCCAAUCAUUAAAGCCUCCAUAUCCUUAUAGAAAAGGUAGCGAAGGCUGGCUGCUUCUGACAGGACACAUCAUAACUACCAUUGGAGCACUUUACUUCUUUUUUAGAGGGUUAAUAGAUAUGUUAAGGAAGCGUCCAAGAUUUCAGUCCCUGGUCAUAGAUGGAUACACCGAUCAACUUUUUUUUCUGCAGGCCGUGCUCUUCCUGGCUUGUGCUCUACUGUACUGCUUUGGUAAUGAUGAAUAUCUGGCCUGUCUAGUUUUGUGUCUUGCCUUGAGCUGGGUAAAUCUACUUUACUUCUCCAGAGGGUCCAAAAAUAUGGGAAUCUACAGUGUCAUGAUACAAAAGAUGGUUCUUGGAGAAAUCCGUCGAUUCCUUGUCGUGUACAUGGUCUUCCUCAUUGGGUUCUCUGCAGCUGUGGUAACUCUCCUUGAUGAUCGACCUAGUAAGGGACGGUCUUUUUUCCUUCCUAUUAAUGGAAAUGAAAACUGUAAAAAGCCCUCAUUCAAGAGCAUCUACUUCACCACUCUGGAGUUGUUCAAGUUUACGAUUGGCAUGGGAGAUCUAGAAUUCACCGAUCAAUAUCAGUAUAUAGAGGUUUUCUAUGUGCUGCUAAUUCUGUAUAUAGUGAUGACUUACAUUUUGAUGCUGAACAUGCUGAUCGCUCUGAUGAAUCAAAGAGUGGAGGAGAUGUCCGUAGAGAGCGCCAGCAUCUGGAAACUACAGCGUGCAAUCACCACCUUGGACAUGGAGUGGACUCUUCCCCGCUGCCUGAAGACAAGGCUGCGCUCCGGGAAACAAAAGGACCUAGGCGGGGGGCAGGAGCCUGAUCGACGCUGGUGCUUUAGUGUGGAGGAAGUCAACUGGAACCAAUGGAACAGAAACCUGGGUGUAAUUACCGAGGACCCUGGGAAAUGCCUGCCUGUACCUUCCCCAACUGAACUUCAGAGAGAUCCCAGCCAGCGUGGACUCCUGCAAACGUUCAGUAAACGUUGGACACAGAGACAACAACGCAGAGAUGUACAGGAGCUGAGUCCUCUAGCUGAGACCUCUAGCUCCAUCUGAUGCUUUUAUAAUCCGUAAUCUAUUGCAAUUAUUUUGCAGUUCCCUUUCAUUCCAACUGGUGUAGGAAUAAUUACAUAUUAUGUCUGGUUAAAACUUGACUGUGGUUAAUUUAUUAAAGAAAAAAUAUUAUAAACCUCAAGGGUCAUUCCU